CCCCGCCCCUGCCAACACCACCGCGGAUGACGUUCAACAACAAAGAUGGCAGGAGGAAACAGCAACUAUUGGGAAGACCUGCGGAAGCAGGCGAGGCAGCUGGAGAAUGAACUGGACCUGAAGCUAGUGUCUUUCAGCAAGCUGUGCACUAGUUACAGCAGCUCUCGGGACGGUCGUAGAGGAGACAGUAAUUCGGAUACAACGCCUUUGCUCUGUAACUCCACUCAGGACAGAAUGUUUGAGACCAUGUCAGUAGAGAUUGAGCAGCUACUUGCGAAACUGACAGGUGUGAAUGACAAGAUGGCUGAGUAUACGAGCACACCGGGAGUAACGUCUCUGAACGCUGCUCUAAUGCACACUCUCCAGAGGCACAGAGACAUUCUACAGGACUACACACAUGAAUUUCAUAAAACCAAAUCAAACUUCAUGGCAAUCAGGGAGAGAGAGGAUCUUUUGGGAUCUGUGAGAAAAGACAUUGAGACAUAUAAGAGUGGCUCGGGGGUGAAUAACAGGCGGACGGAGCUCUUCUUGAAAGAACACGAGCACCUGAGAAACUCAGAUCGACUUAUUGAUGACACGAUAAGCAUUGCCAUGGCAACCAAGGAGAACAUGACCUCCCAGAGAGGGUGGUUAAAGUCUAUACAGAGCCGUGUCAACACCCUGGCCAAUCGUUUCCCUGCAAUCAAUAACCUAAUACAGCGGAUCAACUUGAGGAAGAGGCGGGACUCAUUAAUUCUGGGUGGAGUCAUUGGCAUCUGCACCAUCCUUCUGCUGCUUUAUGCAUUUCACUGACAAAUAGGGGAGCUAACCGACUACUUUUAGGGGGGUGUUCUGCAAAGAGGUGGCAAAGCCUUGAGGAAAGGCUCAAUGAGAGGUGGACUAUUGGGGCCCACAAAGCUGAAGCCCGCAUGGCCUAGUCUGGAAACAAGAUUGAUUGUGGCCAACAUGGACAUUAUUUGUAAUUAGCAUCAGAAGGGUUUUAGCUCUAAGAGCCUUUUUUUUUGUUUCUGUACUACAAACAAUGCGCUGUUCAGAUGUGAACUGGGUCUGGAGGCCAAAUUACUAACAGGAAUUGAUUUCAAAGAGCAUAUAAUAGCACAUUGGCUUUGAGAAAAGAGCAAUUCUGUGAAGCAUCAACAUGGAGUUGUGGUGUUCCUGUAUAUUAUUAAUCGGAAGAGGGUUUUAAUUUGAUGAUCCUUUUAGUAAGAGGGUUUCUCAUCAUGCUGUGUACUUUGUGAAUUAAUAAAUUAUUCAUAUACAGAAUAUUAAAUAUGUGUGUGAAACAUUAGA